AUGAAUGGUCAUGACAGGCUUUUAUACGAAAACUACGGGGAUAAUUACGAAGGCCAUUUGAGUUCUGGAAACCGAAACCAAGGCGGUGUUAACAACCCAGACAACAAUGGUUUUGAAUCGAACAAAGGCAAUAUGGGGUCUGGUCUUGGUGACAGACCGAACUACGGUUUUCAAGAAGGCAAAACUGGUUCUGGGAACCCAAGCAAAGAUGACAUGACAUAUGGAGACACAACCGAAGGCGAUUCAAAUUAUGAUUAUGAAUAUCCAAAUAUGGAUGGUAUUGGCGAUAAAACGAGCGAUGAUUUUCAAGAUACAACUCGCGAUGGUUUCCGAGACACAACGAGCAAUGAUUUUCAAGACACAACAAGCGAUGGUUUCCGAGAUACAACGAGCAAUGAUUUUCAAGACACAACAAGCGAUGGUUUCAAAGCCACAACGAGCGGCGGUUUUCAAGACACAACGAGCGAUGGUUUUCAAAAGACAAUGAACUAUGAUUUUCAAGAUGUAACGAGCGAGGUCUUUCGAGAUAAAAUGAGCGAUAGUUUUUCAGACACAUCGAGCGGUGGUGUUGGAGACAGAGGUAGUGAUGGUUUUCAAACCUCAACGGGCUACGGUUUUCAAAACACUACUACCGAAAGAUUUCCAGAUACAACAAUCAAUGGUAUACAAGAUUGA